CCACCCGCCUGAGCGGCAGGGCUCGUGGCGGCUGGAGGAGGCGGGGCGACUCGGCAUCUUCGCAAAGUGCCAGAAAAGUCCUCGCCCCCUGGGCGAGCGAGACCCGGGCUUCGCUGCUCCCUUCCUCUCACAGCUCCUGGCUGAGAAGCCCUGCUCCGCGCCCCAACAUGGCGGAAGGGUGCUGCCGCCCGCUGCUGACGGCGCUUCUGGCCGCCUGGGUCGCGGCGACGGCGGCAGAGGCCGGUCCCGAGCAGGCCACCGUGCCGGAGGAGGGGAGCUGGGUGCGCCCCAUGACCGCCUCUAACUGGACGCUGGUGAUGGAGGGCGAGUGGAUGCUGAAAUUUUAUGCCCCUUGGUGUCCAUCCUGCCAGCAGACUGAUUCAGAAUGGGAAACAUUUGCGAAGAACGGUGAACUUCUUCAGAUUAGUGUGGGAAAGGUAGAUGUCAUUCAAGAACCAGGUUUGAGUGGCCGCUUCUUUGUCACCACUCUCCCAGCAUUUUUUCAUGCAAAAGAUGGGAUAUUCCGCCGUUACCGUGGGCCAGGAAUCUAUGAAGAUCUUCAAAAUUAUAUCUUAGAGAAGAAAUGGCAAUCAGUUGAGCCUUUGACUGGCUGGAAAUCCCCGGCUUCUCUAACGAUGUCUGGAAUGGCUGGUCUUUUUAGCAUCUCUGGCAAAAUAUGGCAUCUUCACAACUAUUUCACUGUGACUCUUGGAAUUCCUGCUUGGUGUUCUUAUGUCUUUUUCAUCAUAGCAACCUUGAUUUUUGGUCUUUUCAUGGGUCUGGUGUUGGUGAUAAUAUCAGAAUGUUUCUAUGUGCCACUUCCAAGGCAUUUCUCUGAGCGUUCUGAGCCCAGUCGAAGGUCAGAUGAGGCUCAUAGGGCUGAACGCUUGCAGGAUGCAGAGGAGGAAAAAGAUGAUUCAAAUGAAGAUGAAAACAAAGACAGCCUUGUGGAUGAUGAAGAAGAGAAAGAAGACCUUGGUGAUGAAGACGAAGCAGAGGAAGAGGAGGAGGAGGAUAGCCCUACUACUGGUGCGGAUGAGGAGAGGAGUGAUGCCAAGGUCCAGGGGCCCCUGACAGAGGCCCAGAAGGAGGUAGAACUUGAUGAGACUGAAGAAGAUGUUCCUGAGCAGCCCCCUUCAGCUGACACAAAGAGCCCAGGAGACACAUUGAGGCAGCGCAAAAGUCACCAUGCUGAUAAGGGGUCAUAGGUUUAGUGACAGUAUUUCCAAGAACAGACCAGAGGAAUAUCUCAGCUUCCCUCUGAUUUGCAGUUUAAACCAAAUCCUUACUUUUUCCUGAGUGAGCUAGCUUCUCUUAAAAAACAAAACAAAACAGAGCAACAAUCUCUGGUCAUGUGGUUUCAUGGCAUUAAGCCUCAUGUAUAUAAAUAAAACCUUCAGGCAUGACAAUCAGGGUACAGAAAAAUAAACAUGAUGUUCAAAUCUGUUUGAGGGCUUGGAUGGGCAUAAGUUAAUUUACUUUGGGGCUAGAGAGUCUCCCUUAUAUCAAGGAACCCCGGGCCCCCAAUCAGCCUAUUCAUAGGCAAAGCUGUAGGUAGGCAUCAGAUGCAAACCAAGCAUCCUGAGUCUCUCAAGAUACAGUUGAAAUCUUGCCUCUCAUGCUUGAUACUUAAUUUUAUCAAACUAAGAAACAUCACAUGCCAUAGUGUAGACUCACUUUCAGAAACAGAAAUUGAGAAGGCUCUGGACAUUAUUUUAGAAAAGAGUUUGAAUGUCAUCCCAUCCCUCCAAAUCUCCUUUGUUAUAUUUUACUAUGAUCUUGAGUUUUAUUAACUUUCCUACCUUGGGCCUACUGUCUCCCCACACUCUUCACCAUACUUCCUUAGUGAGAGGGCUCAGACAGCAGCUGACUCUUGACAUUAGUUGUAUUUAUUUUGAUUUGAAGAUUUAGAAAUCAAGAACCACAACCAUGAAAUCUUGACUGCCAGGCAUCUUAAAUGAAAUAUUGUAACCUUUGGAGAUUAAAAAGGAAGUAGGGAUUUUAUAGGAGACACUUUUGUUUUUUGCCAAAAAGUUUUUUUUUUUUUUUUUUCAAAAAGUCCUUCAGCAUUAUUCUUUUUAAAGCCAGAAGUUCCUAAGUUUUUCCUUCACAAGGUUGUCUUAUAAAGAAAACUUGAAUACUAUGUUAUUUUGUUUCUGUCUCAAGGGGAUCCCUGGCUCUUGAACUGCUUUAAUAAUAACUAAAAAAACAUUUCUGUUUUCCCUCAGUAAUGUGCUUUUGGUGAAAGAAUAAUGAAAGUGAAUAUAUCUGGAAAUGAAAGAUUUUGUUUCGUUUCCUUCUUUCUUAAUCUUGUAAAGAAUUGUAUCCCUGUAAAUCUCUCAAUACUCAAUCUACCAAAAGUACCCUAGAGGCUCAAUUUCUUCUUAAAAAUCCAUCCAUCUACUUUGGCCUCCUCUGAUUUAUGUCUUAGAAUAAAUUCACAAAAUUAGAUUCCAAACUUAUGAAAGAUGACUAACGUUAAUCCUAUAUCCCUUGAGUCCAGACAGAAUAACUAGUAUAGGUUUAUGAAAUUCUAAAAAGUUUCUCUCAUCUUUAAAAGAAAUAUGCAGUAUACAUCUAUCUGGAUGCUUAGCUAACCCUUUCUUUGUAUUCACUUAGAACAGAGGCUCACUGAGGGAGAGGGAACUUUUGAAGCUCGCUAUGCUUAUGUAGUUGAAUGGGCCUAUUGGAAGCCUUGCACAAAGGGAGUUUUUAUUCUGACAGAAUCCCAAUUCUAAAGAUAGUUUAUAUUUCAUCUUUCCUACUAAUGAACCUGAUAGUCAUAUACCCAUUAUGCUGACGUUAAUUAAAAAUUGCCAAUAGUUUUUCUCUUCACACAACAUAAACUGAAAUUUUGAGACCAGUACAGUAUUGACUGCAAGAACCUCAGCACGUGCCAGUUUCCUAGCUCUCCCACCAUGUAGGUCUCCGGCAGACACCCACCCAUGUACCAGGGUUCUGAUGGUGCCAGCCCCAUCUUCCUGAUAAGGGGAAAUUUCUGGACCAGGAUGAACUGGACCUACCAUCCCCUUAAUGCAUUUUUCUCACAAUCAGUUGAAACAAAGUUUGCAAGUCAUUAAGUUCAAGUUCAGUGUUAUGGAUCAGAACAGUUUCAUUGUUCACCUACCCAGCCCCAACUCCAGUAUUGAAAUAUUGUGUGUCUAAGUGACACAUUUGACCAGAGCAUAAAAAAUAAAGAAAUAAAAUCUACUUGGCUUUUAUAAAUGUAAGGCCAGUUUCCAAUUGGGCACCGAAGAGUACCUAAUUAUGUAAUAAGAAAAAUAAAUGUAUUUCCUUUCUCAUUAACAUUUAAAAAAUUGGAGGGGAGAAAAAAUUCUUGGAGAAGCGGAUCCAUUAAAAGCUUAAGUAUCUGGCUGUGUGAACCAUUUUCCCUGUUUUUUAACAUCCUGGCAAAAAGGUGGGGUGGGCUUUUAUUAAAUGGUGCACAUUUAACUUAAGUCCUUUCCACUUGAGGCCCUUAGGUUUGUUUUUAAUAUUUAUGGAUAUAAAACAAAGGGGGGGGGAGCAGGCUAAAAUAAUUUAAAUUAGAUAAACAUUUCAAAAAUGUUACAGUUUUUUUCCAGUGCGUGAUAUAUUUAAUCCAGAAGCCAAGUGUAUGGAAACAUGAUUUUGUUUUAAAAAAAAUACACUGUCAGGUGUCCUGAUACUGCAGUAUCAGUUAUUUUGUUUUAGAAUAGUAUUUUCUAUAAAUAAAUAUUGGGUGAAGUAAAUGAAAGUAACCUUGACUUUUGGAAUAAGGGUGCAGUGCUUUGUGUAUGAGUUGUUGAAACAGCAUACCCUUUCAUGCAUAAGGCGGAAAGGUUGAAACUUUUGAAAUCCUUCUCCUUAGCUUCUUUUCAUACUCAUCCAUUACAGGAUCUGCUGAAACACACCAACUUAUUCAGCGAUCUCAUUGAUGCAACAUACAGGUGGUUUCACUUCUCUUUCCCGGUGAAGUGCUAGCAUGAGGUGAGAGACAGGACUUACUCAGUUUUGCAGAGCUUUGCACUGCAUAGGUGCCUAUUGAUUCCUGGCAGCCACAGGCCUUUAUGUAAAGAAAUUCAUUGUAGUGUAGUAAAAAGCAAACUCUAGGCAGGUUUUCUUUUCACAGUGGAUAAAGCCAAAUUUUGAAUUUUUCUUGCCAAAACCCCUUGUUGAUAGCUCUGGUGUUGGUGUCCUAUAUGAUUUGGGUUUAUAUAUGUCUGUGUAACUUGUAUCCUGUAAUAGUUUUGAGGUAAAACUGAUAAAAUUGUCUCGUAAAGACAAGUACUUAGCAUGUGACUUUUUAUUAUCAAGUCUUUCAAGAGUGGGGUCUAUGUGUUGAUUUAUAGGAUGGAGAACAUUUAAGGAGUCCCAAAAAUGUGAAUAAAGUACACCUGAAAUAUCAGGUGUAUCUUAAAUUGAUGGGAAGUGAGAGAAAGAGGGAAAGAGAUUGUUUUUUGCUAAUGUGUAUCAAAAGUUUGUGUUCUUCAUCUCAGUAUUGUUAUUUCUGCCAGUAUUAUAAAUAUGUGGUUGACCCAUCCUGUCAAAUAUAAAAACAUUCUGGAAAGUGGCUGUAAAUUUUUUGUGCCAACUGAAAAGUUCCUUUUUGUUUAGCAUCAUCUUUACCUCAGUCCUACGAUUCGUUCCUCUUGAGAAGAUUUUAACUUGUCUUGAAAAACCAAAUGUGGAGUUAAUCAAGUCUGAUGAA